UGCACAGACAGGGUGUUUGCUGUGUCCUGUGAUGAUGUGGAGGAAGGAGGGGCUGGCAGUCUGUCGAACACACGCGCGCGCACAAGUACGAUAACCGUUACGGGGAAGAUGGAGGAUCGUGUGGUAGUGAUGGAGAGGACCUCAUCCUGCAGCAACAUCGCUUCUGAAAGCAGUCUCUCCCUUACUGCCUGCUGAUGAUGGACUCCUAAAACCUCCUAAAACUCCUCUGACACUGUUGAACUAACCAGAGCCAGACAGACAUGAACCGUCAGGAGAUGGAACUUGAGCCAUUGGCGAUGGAGGAAACCCAUGCCCCUCCUCACCAUCGCCAUAAUAAUUACAGCCGAUCCAAUAACCACAGCAAUCAGGAAAAGCGGCACAGACGCUGUGAGACCCCAGCUGAAGGAAGUGAUGGUGGCAGAGCCAGGGCACUGCAACAGCGUCGGCCACGGGAGGAGCAAAGCAUUGAGCCGGAGUAUGGAACUCAGUCUCCACAGCCCCAGCAGACACCUAUUCCUCGACCUGCAGUGACACGAUAUCGAAGACAGGGGGACAACAAGGCUCGGAUCAGAGUUCAGCAGCAGAGGCACAGACAGAGGCUGCAGAGAGAGGCAGAGAGAGCACAACACCAGAAUGAGCAAUACCACCCAGAGAUGACCAAAGAAGAUGAAAGAGAGAGGGACGAUUCGGUGCUGGCCCGUUCAGCUAGCACCGAGAGUGGCUUCCACACCCAUACUGACCGGGCUGAGGGGGAUGAUGGCCUGGUCAUAAUGUAUUUGGAGACUGAGGCACAGCCAGAGGCAGACGACAAGGCAGGGAACUACGAAGUCCAGCUAAGGCCAGAGGCAGAGGGAUACACUGAGAGUGCUGAGGCUGAACAGCAACAUCUCCAUUCACAUCCUACCUAUCCUCAACCCCCACCCCUGCCACAUGAACCCUUGCUUAAUAUCCAAAACCCCCACAGACAGGAUGAUUCAGAAAAAACACUGAACGCUGGAUACUCCAGCUACACCCAACCCCUCAGCCACUCCAGAGCAAGGGCUGAUGUCUUGGUUGGUCUGAGGUUGGAGGGUUUUAAUAAUGGACUAGUAGAUGAAGAAUAUUCUGAGCCAUAUGAAAUUUACUCGCUUUCUGAGCAUGUAUAUGAGGAAAUCUGCGAAGCCCCACCAUCAGUUUCAUCUGCUGCAAAUGGGGAUGGAGACACAGAGUCUCUUCAACAGAGGAGGGCUGGCUUUCAACUGUUGGAGGGCCAGACAGUAGAUGGUGACUACCAUCAGCAGGAGGCAGUGGGUUCCCGACUGCGCCACUAUGAUGAACGCUCAGAUGGUGAGUCAGACAGCCCAGAGAAAGAGGCUGAGUUUGCCCCAUACCCCCGCGCUGACAGCUGUGAGCAGGAGGAGGACAUUGACAGCAUCGUGGCUGAGGUCAAAGAAAGCCUGAGCUCUCUGAGUCUUCACUGUAAUGCAGAAGGCACCAUAUAUGAAAAAAGUGAGCUACCACAGGAAGAAGAAAAACCCCAAGUUGAGUCCCACCCUGACUCUGAUAAACAUCAAAAAGCCAACAACCGAGGGAAGCCAGCCACACAACUGUCUGUUAGUCCUUCAGAGGACCCUGUAGCAAUGAGGAACAGUCAAGAGAAGAAGGACACCAUAUCUCUAGCUAUCAAGGACAUUAAGGAGGCCAUAGAGGAGGUGAAGACCAGAACGGUGAGAUCUCCCUACACACCUGAUGAGCCCAAGGAGCCCAUUUGGGUAAUGAGGCAGGACCUGAGCCCCACUGUCAAGUGUGAUAUUAAGCCACUGGGAGGUGAUUCUCCUGGUUCAAGCGCACCCUCUCCUCCAGGAGCAGAGUCAUCCCACAGACAUUUGCUGCAGGAUGACAGUGUUGAAAUUUCUCCUAUCAGUAAAGAGUCCAGAAGAAGCCUUGCUUCCUUCCCCACAUAUGUAGAGGAUCCGCUUCAAAUACUUGUCCCUCCAGUUCCAGGCCCAUGUGACCCAGAGGACCUGAUUGAUGGAAUCAUCUUUGCAGCCAACUACCUUGGCUCCACUCAGCUGCUCUCGGAUAAAACAUCAUCCAAGAACGUCCGCAUGAUGCAGGCACAGGAGGCCGUCAGCCGCAUCAAGGUCCCUCAGGAUGUGCCUCAGCCCAUGACAGAGGUGGACCUCUUCAUUUCUACCCAGAGAAUCAAAGUGCUCAAUGCUGACUCCCAGGAGACGAUGAUGGACCACCCUUUGCGGACCAUCUCCUACAUUGCUGACAUUGGCAACAUUGUGGUUCUGAUGGCCCGGCGCAGGAUGCCUCAACCUGAAUCUCAGGAGAAUAUGGAAGCCUCAGACCCAGGUCAAGAGAGCAAGCGCCAAUACAAGAUGAUAUGCCAUGUGUUUGAGUCUGAGGAUGCCCAACUGAUUGCACAAUCCAUUGGACAGGCCUUUAGUGUAGCUUACCAGGAAUUCUUACGGGCUAAUGAUAUUAACCCUGAGGACCUUAGCCAGAAGGAGUACAGUGACCUGCUCAACACUCAGGACAUGUACAAUGAUGACCUUAUCCACUUCUCCAAGUCUGAGAACUGCAAAGAUGUGUUCAUAGAGAAAGCUAAAGGGGAUAUUCUGGGUGUGGUCAUUGUGGAGAGUGGGUGGGGCUCCAUCCUACCUACUGUCAUCAUUGCCAACAUAAUGCAUGCUGGGCCGGCUGAGAGGUCUGGCAGACUGAACAUAGGAGACCAGAUCAUGUCAAUCAAUGGAACCAGUCUGGUGGGACUGCCAUUGUCCACCUGUCAGAGCAUCAUAAAGGGUCUAAAGAACCAGUCUCAGAUCAAGCUCAACAUAGUCAGAUGUCCCCCAGUGACCACUGUUCUCAUCAGACGUCCAGACCACCGCUACCAGCUGGGCUUUAGUGUCCAGAAUGGCAUUAUUUGUAGCCUUAUGCGUGGAGGCAUUGCUGAACGAGGCGGGGUAAGAGUGGGUCACCGCAUCAUUGAAAUCAACAGCCAGAGCGUGGUGGCCACGCCCCAUGAAAAAAUUGUCCACAUCUUGUCCAAUGCUGUAGGAGAGAUCCACAUGAAGACAAUGCCUGCAGCCAUGUACCGCCUGUUGACCGCGCAGGAGCAGCCUGUUUACAUGUGACAAGACAAAGCCCUGACUUCACAAAUGCUUCAAACUUCCUGCAAUCAAGUCACUUCCCAAGUAAACCUCAUCUGUUCAGCCAGGGCUCAUCCUAACCCUUCCAUCCACAGCCAAUGCAGUGGAUAGGAGUUUUUGUAUGGAUGGUUUUGCUGCUCAGCUUCAUCUUCAAGAGGCAAUUUAAAAUAUUCACUUUCUUAGUUUAACUAAAAUUAAAACUAGUGGGAUGUUUCCCAGCAAUUAUUUUAAAGCACCCAUUUGAAAUCGUAAUCUCAAUCUCUUUGAGUAAACAUAAAACUGUACCUGUAAUGGUCAUUUUAAGCAAUUGUUGUAGAUUGAUGAGUAUUUUGGUCCUUGUUUUACUAGGUAAAUGAGAACACAGUGGCAUGAAGACAUGCACAUCCAACCCUGACCAUCACACCCUAUCUGUACUUCUACCAUGCUGCUAUUUCACUGGCAGAACACUGCCUGUUUACCUCCACCAAAUUUCUCAGCACAACACAGAACCCUCCACAGUGAGAAGAUCUGUGUUUUGCUGACAAUUCUGUAUGAACUCACUCCCUCUCCAUCACAUUCCACAUUUGCUACAUUUUUUAAUAGUCAACUCUGCUCUCCAUUUUGCACUUCACAUUUCUAACAGUAAAGGUUUGUGACUCUACCGUAGUCGAUUAUUACAAUGAUUGUUGUGUUUUUGUCAUUCCACUCGUUUCAUUUAUGUAUUCUCUGCAUAUAGCUCCAGUAGUAGUUCUAGUCAUCAUGUAAUAACCACAAUUAACCUAAAACCAUUCAUACACCAGUGUAAGCAUAUAUAUAUAUAUACAUAUAUAAGAUAGAGAAAUGUUGUCUGAAUGACCCCAGGCUGAUAAAUCCUUUAUACUGUAUAUGAAUAUCCAUUUUAAUGCUACUCUGACAUUAAAUUGCACACAAACAGUACCAGGAGCUCUUGUUAACGUUCUUUUUUUGUGAUAAACUGCAAUAAACUCCUAUAUGUUUUACUUGGAAAGGGAGGGAUUAUGCCCUUUGUAAGGCUUUUAAAUCGGUGUAGGAGAUUAAGUUAAGUGUCACUGUCAAUAACUUAGCUGUAAACGUCACAUCAAAGCAGAACCUGGAAGUGUGAACGAAAACAUUGAAACCUGUAAAAUUGUGACAAAUCUUUUUUGCAUCAAAAUGAUACCUCCCUUUAAGGUUAUUUGUGUAAGGAGAAAACAUCAAAUUUAAGGAUAAGAUCAGAGAACAGGGGGCCUUUUACCCAAAUCUGAUGAAAUAUAUUGGGAAAAAAUGAUAAGGUCAAGGCUCUACUAUGAAUAUCUUUGAAGGCCUGACUAUCCCUGUAGUUGAGGUCAAUAAAGGCCUUGGACACAAUUUUAGAAUUCACCCUAACAAACAACAUUUACGCUCAGGUGCAGCACUUAACAAACCACAAAAGUACAGUAAUACAAAACAGUGUAACCAUUCUGUUAAAUAAACCUCCCGCUAAUGAAGUCUAUUGUAAGAGACCUUUUCAGGGAUCACCAAAGACCUUCUCCAUUAACCUUUUUAUAUGUAGCUUAUAUGUAGCUUCAUUUAACUUUUUGAAUGGUUGAGAACGACUCUUUAAUGUUUCUAUAAAAUGCAAUAAAUUGGAGUUAUUAAAUUCAAAUGGGAAGACAUAGCAGGAUGAGAGGACCUUUUAAAUGAAUAAGACAUAUAUUAUCAGGAUUAUUGCAUUGUUAUGAUGGUGGUCUUGGUCAUGCAGUAGUUUAGUUGUUCCUCAACUGAAAUACAAAAAUUAUGUAUUCUGACAAAUUUGUAGUUAGUCCAUUCUUACUGAAGUGCUCUCAGUUGGAGGAGGUAUAUACUGACAGACACCCAGGAAGAGAGAAACAGGCAGCAGUUCAGCAUUUGUUCCCCUUGAAAGUAUUUCCUGUUCACCAAUGCUCUACUGCUCUACCUCCUUCAGCAGCCAUUUUUCUUUUCUUGCAAUGGAAACUGUUCACAAAUUCAAUUCUUCAUUGUGCAAUGUGUUUUUGUGUUAGCUUUUUUUACAAACUUGAGACAUAGUGGUAAUAUUUCUUGCAAACUAUAAAAUAUACAAUUCAUUGCAUUACUGCUGGCUAAUUUGAAAAUGCAAUGCAAUUUUCCAUUUUACACAAAAUGAGUUUGCAAAGACUCGGGUUAGAUAAUAAAUCAGGAUGCACACAUCAACAUUACUUUUGUCAGUACUAACAUCACAUGAGGCAAACUUGAAUACAAAAGUAAUGGGUUUUCCUGCCAGUCUAUAAAACAAAAAAAUGCUGUUGAAAUUGAAUAUCUUUAAUAUGCACUUAGUUGUAUAUUAUAACUACAGCAAUUCUUUUCACCUUUUAGAUUAUUCCUUACAUUCAUGUAAUGUGGGGGUCAGGGGGUCACGUAUACUACUUCAGACAUAUAGUAAGUCAAGUCUGUGGCCAAAAUUAAAUAUUUAUAUACAGCAAUCCAUGACUGAUUGGUGUUUAGUCUAUUAAGAACCUUUAAUCUAAACCUAUUAAAACGCUGAUUGUCAUUGGCUAACAAGGCAGUGUUCAUGCCUCAAGCACUGCAUAUUUGAUCAAUUAUGACCAUAGACACACCACAUUCAGGGUCAAAGGAUUAAUGAAUGAGCUGCAGAUGUGUCUGAUGUUUAAUACGAUUUAAGUUUAUUUAAUUAAUUAUGUUAAAAUUGAUAUUUGAAGUUCUUUGCAUGCAGCCACAAACAAAUACUACUGUCUUGCUUUCAAAACAUUGAUCAUCUGAUUGGUUGAAUUUAUUAGCUUAUCAGAAAAUGUAAAUUUCAUUAGUUUUUAAAUGCAAAAAUGUAUUGCAUUGCAUAUGCAUAUACUGAAUCUUGUCUUAUUGAAGGCUCAAAUUAUAAACAAAAUAACACCCAUUUACAAUGAAUCUACUUUAAAUUUAAAUAUCGGUUUCAACUUGAAUUGUUUUUUACCACUAUGACUGACUAUGAGGAGAUUCUUUGAGCUUUUAUUUUAUGUAGCUAUUACAGUUGGCGGAUUGAUAGUCAAACCUUUUAAAAAAAAACAAUUUUAAAUGAUAAACCUUUUUUUAAAGGCCACUAAAUCUGUGCACAUCAUUGAAGCUUAUUUACUAGUGCUGGGCUUUUUAUGAUAUUAAAACCAAUACUGACAAGGAACAGAGGCAACACUCUGUCUGUGUGUGUCUGUGUGUGUGUGUGUGUGUGUGUGUGUGUGUGUGUGUGUGUGUGUGUGUGUGUGUGUGUGUGUGUGUGUGUGUGUGUGUGUGUGUGUGUGUGUGUGUGUGUGUGUGUGUGUGUGUGUGUGUGUGUGUGCGUGGUUUCCAUAUUCAAUCAAAAACUAUCUAACUACAAUACACAUAUAGAUUGACUUUAUAGAAAAUAAUGUGACAGUAUAAUCCUCCAUUGUUGUUUUUGUGUGUUUGAGUUGGCUAAUAGGGAAGCUUCGGUCAAUUGAAAGCAAAGAUAAAUCAUAUUCAUUCAUUCAUAUGUAUAUAUAUACAUACACACAUACAGUAUAGAUAUGCAGUACAUAACAGUAUACAGCUACAGCACAAGAUCAUUUAAAGGAAUAGUUCACCAAACUGUUUUUUAAUUCACCCAUUAUCUACUCACCGCUAUGCUGAUGGAGGGGUGGGUGAAGUGUUUGAGUCUAACUUUAGAAGACUCAGGGGUAAACAGUGUUGCAGCCAAAUGCAAUAAAAUUAGAGUAGAUGGGGACCACCAUUUCUUCAAAUGUAAAAAAACAAAAGAAACAAAAACAUUAAAUGCCGCCAUACUGUAGUGUCAUCCAAGUGUCCAUAAGCCCAGUCAUUUAAGACCCCUCCAUCGGCAUAGUGGUGAGUAGAUAAUGAGUGAAUUUAAAAUUGUCCUUGACUAUCCCUGUAAGGCGUGUGGGAUAUUUUCCCUUCCUGGCAUGCAUUGACACAGUGAAGGUAACCAAGAUGGUGGCAGGCAGCAUGGCUGGCAUACAUUCACAUUUUCACUCAAUUUGAAUAUAACUGAAAUGUUCACUCUCAAUGUGUUUAGACAUAAAAUAAAUAUCUAGGAAAAAUGAACUUUUGCAGAGCAGCAGCAAUGUUUAACUUAUUUGCUAGCUUUUUUUCCUGUGGUGUUAUAGCUGUUGGAGCUUCAUACCUGUACCAGAGCUAGAAUGUAUUUACAAAAAUAAAAGACUUGUUGAAAAACUGAA